GUAUAUUUUAGUCUGCAGUCCUCAAAUUUGUAUUUCCGCAUGAACGGUUGGUCACACACGGACAGAAGUGUCCGAGUAAGAUGGGGUGUGUUAAAGACAUUUUUGGGACAAAAUAAAGAAUUAAAAACUCUACAUUUAAGCGGAAGCGGGAAAAAAACUUGUCAAAAUCAGUAGAAAGAGCGACAGCGCGAUGAGCGGCAGCGCCGAGUCGGUCCAGAUGGAGGAGGUCCGGCAGAGAGCCCAGUCCCUGCUGUCGUCGUCAGGUUUAGCCCAGGAUGUGAAGGCCGAAGUCCUGACGCUGGCCAGCAUCUCUCUGCCUGUUUCAGAAAAGUACCGCCAUCUGACAGCAGAGGAGAUGCUGAAGGAAAACACGGCUGGUCGCAACAACCUCGAGGCGUCGGAGUCGUUGAGUCGACUCGUCAAAGCUUUGAGCAUCCUGGAGAAAUACGGCUGCAACCUGACGAGUCCCACCAGGCCCAGAUACUGGAGGAGCGUCAAACACAACAACCCCGUCUUCAGGACCACCGUGGACGCCAUCAAGGGCGGCCGGAGAGUCCUGUUUCUGUACGGAUACACCAACCAGCAGAUCGACGGCCUCAGCUUCCCCGACGAAGUCACCGAGCCGGACUGUGACGUUGUUGCCGCGGUGACGCUGGAGGUGAUGACGCUGCGCACCGAAGUGGACAUGCUUCUGAAAGGCGUCCAUCCUCACCCAGAAUGCUUCAAAGACAUCAUCCCGGGUCUCACCCUGCAGAAGGAGCAGACUGACGACUCAAAUCUGCCUGGAGACGACGGACAAGGAGAAAAACCUCAAGCUCCGCCCCUUUUAGUUAAACCGACUCCUUUACCCAGGCAGACUCAAGUUCCAAAACCACCAGCAGCGCCCCCUGCAGUCGGUCAGUGUAAUCUCUGCGGCGGAGCGUCCACACUCGUCUGUCCGUCCUGUGAAGACAAGCCUUUCUGCGACGCAUGUGACGACCUGUAUCACCGCCACCCCUCCAGAGCCAAUCACAAGCGAGACAAAAUACAGAAAACCCAACCGGAGAAUUGCAGCAUCUGCGGCAUUUCUUCUGUAAGCAUCCAGUGCUCCACCUGCAUCCAGAGGCUGUGUUUGAACUGCGACCGGCUCUUCCACUCCCAUCCGGACCGCAGAGGUCACAGCAGGACCAACCUGGCCGCCGCCACCAGCACCUCAAGUCCGUCUCUGUCUACCUGGGAGUGCGCUCACUGCACCACUGUGAACGAGAUGCGAGCCGUCCUCUGCACGACCUGCGACCGCCCUCGACUCGCCACUCCUGCGAUCGCUGGCCCGGAGGGUUCCGGUCCGACCUCACAGAACACCGAGUGGCAGUGCAAGAGCUGCACGGUGGUGAACCAAGGCAGCAGCAUCCUCUGUGAAGUGUGUGAGCGCCCCCGUCUGGCCACUCGCCCGCCUGUCCCUCCAGCUCCAGAGUCUGGGUCAAAGUGGACCUGCCAGUUCUGCACCUUUGUGAACUCCAAGCCCUCGGCGGUGUGUGAGAUGUGCAGUCUGCCGUCCAAAGACGCGUCUGGCGUUUCUGCGCCGCAGCCGCUGCAGCAGCCGUUGCAGCAGCCGCUGCAGCAACCGCUGCAGCAACCGUUGCAGCAGCCGCCCUCCUUCACCAAGGAGCAGCCCGACUUGGGCUCGAAGCCGCAGCCGAGGCCCCGAGUCAACCUGGAUCUGAAGAGGCAGAAAACGAUGAGGGAGGAUGGACUUGUACUCAUCCACCAGAUCAGAGAAGCGGAGAAGCGCGGCGUCAGCCCCGAGGAGGUCUACGCCGCUCUGAGCAUGUGCGGCGGCAGCAGCAUCAACCCCUGUGAUUGGCUGACCUCUGAGCUGCCGCACCUGCUGGACGAGAUCUGUGCCAUGGCGGCCUCCGUCCAGCUCACCUGCAGGCCGGGCAACGGCGGCUCGGCGCUUCUGAUGGAGAGGGACGGGCCGGAGCAGAACGCAGCGCCCGGCGGCGUGAAGCUGUCCAGAGCCGAGGCCAAGCUGGCCUGGCUGGCAGCCGGCGGAAACAAGGACAAGGCUGUGAGACAGCUGCUGAGGGACAGACAGGUCAAGAUGAGGGAACUUCACUCCCUGGGCUUCCAGGACAUGUCGCAGUGCGAAGAGGCUCUACGGCAGAGCGGAGGGGACAUCAAGGGCGCUCUGUCUCUGCUGCAGCGCCCCCUAAUGGAGCCGUUCCACCAGCGCAUCUGGCUGGACCAGCCCGAGCCGCCGAUCAACCCCAAACACCCGGACAAGCAGAGGAUGUGCAGGCGCCUGCUGGCGCUGUACGACCUGCCCAGCUGGGGGCGCUGCGAGCUCGCGCUGUCGCUGCUCCAGGAGCCGGACGUGAACUACUCCCUGGAGGACGUGGUGCAGGCCGUGAAGGAGUCUCAGGACCGGGAGUUCAUCCGGCGUCUGCUGAACACCGAGUGUCCCGUCUGUCUGAGCAUCUUCCCCCGCAGCAAGAUGCAGUCUCUGACGUCCUGCCAGUGCUCCGUCUGCCACGAGUGUUUCCGGCAGCACUUCACCAUCGCCGUCAGAGACAAACACAUCCGGGACAUGGUGUGUCCCGCCUGCAGCGAGCCGGACAUCAACGACCCCGAGCAGCUGGACAGCUACUUCUCCACCCUGGACAUCCAGCUGCGCGACUGCCUGGAGCAUGAAGUGUACGAGCUGUUCCACAAGAAGCUGACGGAGCACGCGCUCAUGAAGGACCCAAAAUUCCUCUGGUGCUGUCAUUGCACCUCCGGCUUCAUCAACGAUGGGAACCAGCUGAAGGUCACCUGCCCGUCCUGCCGCAAGAGUUUCUGCGCUCAGUGCAAGAAACCGUGGGAGCCUCAGCACCAGGACGUUUCCUGUGAGCAGUUCCAGCUGUGGAAGCGGGAGAACGACCCGGAGUACCAGAGGCAGGGCCUGGCCGGCUACCUGAGGGACAACGGCAUCACCUGCCCAGAGUGUAAGUUCCAGUACGCGCUGACCAAAGGCGGCUGCAUGCACUUUACCUGCUCCCAGUGCCGCCACCAGUUCUGCAGCGGCUGCAACAACCCGUACUACAAGAUGGAGUGUAAGAUUCCUCAGUGUAAAUUCCCUGGCCUGCACGCCCACCACCCCAGAGACUGCCUGUUCUACCUUCGGGACUGGGACGCAGACCGACUGCAGGCUCUGCUGCAGAGGAGCGGUGUGGCCUUCAACACGGAUCCUUCCAAUGAAACCCAAACCGAUUCCUGCGGCGUGAUGGAGCAGAAGGAUGAAGGCGGCCAGCCGGCCGACUCGCCGUGCGGCCUGCAGACCCAGCCGGGCCAGGCGGGGCUCUGCAUGAAACACUACAGGGAGUACCUGGUGAGCCUGAUAAACGACCACUCUCUGGACCCGGCGGUUCUCUACGAGGCCCAGGAGCUGGUUGUGGCCUGCCAGAGAUACCUGGGGGACCUCAAGAAGGGAGACGGAGAGGACGACAACGCUUUCAGCGCCCGCCUGCUGAAGAAACUGAUGGAGGUUCCUCUUGGAGAAAAAGUUCCUCGAAGCAAAUAAUCUGAAGAAAUGCUUACCCUGCAGAAACUCUUACCAAGAAUCUUUAUCUGGUUUCUGUGGCAGAGAAAAUUAACAUGUAGGAGCCUGUUUUCAGUCAGGAAUUCAUUAAUAUUGAUGAAAAGGUUCAAUUCACCUAUAACAAAAUAUUUUCUUAUAACUUAUAUAGAACUAGAAUUUGUUUUUAUCAGUAUUAAGGAAUUAUUAACCUAAAACAAGCUGCUGCAUUUUGCUGAUUAGUUAUCUAUAAGUCAGUUUUGUCUUAUUACUCAGAUAUUUGCUCUGGAAACUAGAAUAAAAAUACUUGGUAGGAUUUUGUAUUUUUGCAGUGUUGAAAUCUGAUUGAUUAUUCCAUAGAAAUCACUGAACCAUAUUUGUUUUUUUUUGUUGAAGCACAAUCUAUUUUAAAAAAUUCUGCACAUUUUCUCUUGCUUUGUGCUUUUUAAUUGGAUUUUAUUAAAAAGUUGAAGUAAUUCACUGUGUUUUGCAGGAAUCUGACAGUUUUAUUUCUUACACUCGAAUAACGAAGCUAAAUGUGGGGAAACAAAUGAAAACAUUGUUAUAUUGAUUAGAUUUUGGUGCAGAUGUUAAAUUUUUCUUCUGCUUUGGUGUUCACAUGAUGACAUCAGAUUUAAAUAAAUGGUUCAAAAUGGAAAAG